UGAAGUUACUUUAGUCCGCUUCCUACUUCCUUACCCUGGCUUGGUUCUCUCCUUCAUCAACCUUUCUUACGAUAAAAAGGACAAAAUGUCCCACCAAACGGGCAUACAGGCUGGUAACGACUUGAAGGAUGUCUUUGCCAGUGCAAGGAGUGGAGACCAAUAUCGACUCCUAAAGAUUGUGAUUGAGGAUGAGCAACUCGCUUUGGGCGUGACCAGGCAAGCAUCAAAGACAUGGGACCAAGAGUACGACUCGUUAGUCCUGCCUCUACUAGAGGACCACCUGCCGUCUUAUAUCCUGUACCGACUGGACUCCUCCAACAACCAGGGCUAUGAGUGGAUCUUCCUGGCCUGGUCACCUGACCAUUCUCCUGUGCGACAUAAGAUGUUAUAUGCUGCUACCAGGGCCACAGUGAAGAAAGAAUUUGGUGGGGGACUUAUCAAAGAUGAGGUCUUUGGCACCACAAAGGAGGAUAUGUCUCUGAAGGGCUACAAGAAGUACCUGGUGGCCGAGGCAGCACCACUACCACUCACUGCUGCCGAGGAGGAGCUGAGGCGGAUCAAACUCAGUGAGGUGCAGACUGACAUCAGUGUGGACACCAAGCAGCAGACACUGCAGGGAGUGGCCUUCCCCAUACAUGGAGACGCUGUCGAGGCACUCGAACGAUUCAGGGACAAACGAGUCAACUACGUACAACUUGAAAUAGACUUUGCCAAAGAGCUCAUUAGGUUGUCUAACACUGAACCGACCGAGGUGAAAGAUCUGCCCAAGAGGAUCCCCACUGAGUCUGCACGCUAUCACUUCUUCCGCUACAAACAUUCCCACGAGGGAGACUACCUGGAGUCCACUGUGUUCAUUUAUUCCAUGCCGGGGUACAAGUGCAGCAUCAAAGAGAGGAUGCUCUAUUCUAGCUGCAAAAAUCCCCUGGUGGACAUGGUUGAAAACAACAUGCAAAUUGACAUUUUGAAGAAGCUGGAGAUAGACAAUGGGGAUGAGCUGACUGGUGACUUCCUGUAUGAGGAGGUCCAUCCCAAGCAGCAUGCACACAAGCAGGCCUUCGCCAAGCCCAAGGGCCCUGCCGGGAAGAGGGGCGGACACCGCAUCACCAGACCGGCUGGAGAAGAUGACGACUAAACGAACCUCACCCUCCCCCAUACACACUCAAUAAUGGAACAUUCCAUGUGAUCAUGGAGGGAAAGCUUAUUUGAGGCAACCUCUCUUCUUCGAAACCCUUAAAGCCCAUCCAGAGACUGAACUAUGCACACCAAAGGACAACUUAGCUGAGACACACACUUGAGAAUAUCCAUUUGUAGCCUGUCAAAUGGAAGGAUAUAUAUAUAUAUAUAUAUAUAUAUAUAUAUAUUCUCUCUGCAUUCAUUCACAAAUUAUUUUACUGUGCUAUUCAGAGGUUAGAACAAGUUGAGUAAGAAAGGUUUUUACACUGUUGCUGAGACAAAAAUGUUAGUGCGACUAAUGUGAAUUUGUGCCAAUGUAAUGAACCAUCCAUGAGUUGUUCACAUGCUUGCAAUUGUUCCUUGCAUUCCUCUCAAUUUGUUGUUUCCUGGCCCAAAGUUGAGACAAACGUCUCCAUCGUUAUGUGUGCACAACUAGAAGAGGUCCAAACCUCAAAAUAUGUCAUAUUUGCUCGUAUCAUUCUUCAUUGUAAUACAGUGCGGGGGUUUUUAUAUUGGAAAUUCUUCUUUUUUGAUAGAACUUUGGUUUACAUAAAACACAUCUGCUGAGAAAUGUAUUUUUCUAUGCAAGUGCUGUACAUAUACAUAUGUGAUUAAAGGUCUUGUCUGUACUGAUCAUCUUAUCUGGUGUCAACGAGGGUCAUGUGACAGAGAGAGAACAGGGGCUUCCAGUAUUUCACAUCAUUGAUACAUCGCAGAUUACUCCUUCAGAGGAAGCUAAGUUUCAUAUGGUGUGCAUGCAGGGUGGAAGUCCCAGAGACGGGGAUGGGAUAUCAAAUGGAAUCUGUUUCUGCCACAGUCACUUGUCUACUGAUUAUUAAGGCAAACCACUAGUUUAACACCUCAUCUUCGGAAAAGGGAAUACCUUCUCAUGAGAAGUGUCAUGUUUGGUCUUAAAUUGUUUAUUUUGCUUAAAACAGUUACUUUCUAAAAAGGAAAAUAAAAAUAUUUAAAUCACA